UGACCUGGGUCGGCAGUGUCUCAUCGCUGAUUGCAACGAUCAGUUCGCUUGAAAAUGGAUUCGCACACCUUUGUCUUACUGCUGCUAAUUGGCUGCCUGAUUGUUGGAUGCUGUAUGGCUGCACCUGCCUGUAAUGGCGGCUUUUAUACCAGCAACGGUAACCUGGUGAUCGACGUAAACAAUAUUCAGAGCCACCUCAACUGCGUUAAUCGGCAGCAUCAAAAUCGUGGAUGACACCGUCAUCGGCCGUCUAAUCUUCUACUUAAUUACAUAAAAAUAUAAAAAUAAUUAUAUAAACACAAAGUGCAAUGCAAAAACCACGAAAAAAGCUCAAUAAAAUAUACUAAACUAACCACAAUCGAUACUAAUUCUAAUUUGUUCGACUAUUUGUGAAUAAACAACUGCCAAUGCAGGUUGAGUGUUGUAUAAACAA